CGGCAUAUUUACACGAUAUACUUAAUAGACAACGGUAAUAACUUCAAGUUCCAGGAUCCGAAGAGUAGAUGAAGAUACCUACCUAACCCAAGUAAGUAGGAUUAGGAGUCAUUGACCUAUUCCAUCAUAAACCCAGUCUCAGCUAAGCAAUCUCCGCCCCGGCUGAUCGCAGCUUAAACGGUGAGAUUGAAGUUGUUUGCCGCUUACAUGCCCAUUGCCCACCCAGGCAGGUAUGUACGUCAUGGUUCGCCAGAUAGAUACAGUACUGAGUAGGUAUCUAGGCAGGCAAGUAGCUAGAGCUUACCAAUUCCUGGGAAGGAGGGUUUGCAAUGUGAUAUAUCACUUUGAGAAGAUUCCAGAAAGCGAUAAUCGGCUCGGUUCCCAGGGAUAUUAGUCGGCCCUUUUUCUUUUUCUCUUCAUCCCGAGGAGACGGUAACUAUCCCGAUAAUGGGUUCCGUGGAUAUUAGGUAUGUGCAUCUCAAAAUACAUACAUACCUAGCCAGGGGACGAAGAUGAAGGGGGAAAAAAGGCAACAGUUAGUUAUUUCGUGGCGGUGCAAAAAAAAUAAAAAAAUACAUAUCAAUGAUGUUCUGGCCGACCCAUAAUCUAUAUCAGUUGGGAACCGGUGGGCUUCAGGCUGUGUUGUUUGCUGUUUGUUGAUAAAUGACACCGGAGACUUCCCCGACUGUCAUGGCCAUGGUCACCUGGGCAUGGUCAAGCUAUCUAUUGCUUUUGACUUACCUACCUACAUACCAGGCCCCCUUGGGUACAAGUGCGAUCGCCAGUAGCUUCGAGAUCCGUUCACGCACAAUCAAUGUCGCCCUGUACUUGUGGGAGGGGGGUCAGGAAGGAGGUAGACUACCUAGUGUGAGUAGGUAUAUACCUACUUAAUGAAAAAAAAAAAAAAAGAGAUAGGGAGAGAGGGAGAGAGGGAGAAAAAAGGGGACGGUCUUCUUCCCUCAUCAAGCAUAUCACCGUCGUUUGCUGCUUAUCUCUUCUUCGAAAUGUCCCCACGC